GGCAAAACACCCGACGCCAGGGCUCGCACUUAUCAGACCAUCGCUAAAGAGGCGGCCAUUACUCAAGAAGAGGCCGAAUUACGUAAAAAACUUCUCGAGAAAUCAAAAUCAGGCGAAUUGAAAGCCGUAUCGCCGAAGUCGAGUAAAAGGCGCCGUUGGGAUCAGCCGCAGACCGGCGACACUGCCGAUGAACCCACCGCUAAGAAGAAGUCCAGUUGGGACUACGCAGAGGCGGCCACACCCGGCGCUCCCGGGAUGUGGGAUCAGACUCCCGGACGUGUUCUCUCGGACGACGCCCGCAGCGCACCCGAAGUGUGGGAUCCGACGCCAAUGCAUCCGUCGACUACACCCCUAACCCCUGGUCACGAAACUCCUGGUCUUAAGUCUAGUGUUCGGCGCAAUCGAUGGGACGAAACACCGAAAACCGAAAGGGGAGAGACUCCCGGACACGCCUCCGGUUGGGCGGAGACCCCACGUGCGGACAGAGGCGCCGAACUUAUUCAGGACACUCCCACUCCCGGAGCGUCAAAACGGAGGUCGCGAUGGGAUGAGACGCCGGCCGCUGGCGGUUCAAUGACACCGGCGACGCCUUCAAUGAUGACUCCAUCGAUGACUCCCAUAUGUGGCUCGCCACGGUGA